GGAAUGCCAGUUCCCGAGCAGAGCCCAGUGAUGGAGGAGGGGCUUCUGCUUACCUCCCGCAGCCGUUCGACCGGCCGCAGUAUGGAGACGAAAAACAUGGCCAACAAUAUUCUGGCAUCUGUCAAAGAACAGGAACUCCAGUUUGAGAGGCUAACGCGGGAGCUGGAAGUUGAGAGGCAGAUUGUGGCCAAUCAACUGGAAAGAUGUAGACUCGGGGCAGAGUCGCCGGGUGCUGGAAGCAGCAGCUCGUCUGAGAAGUCCCUGCCUUGGAGAACUCCCGACAUCCACGCCCCAGGGGAACUCCAGUCACGGCUCGCCGAAAGCUCCCAGUCCCCAAGUUACCGCAUCAGGCUCGAGUCGGAGCAGUUGUCUCCAUACUCUCCGGAACAGUCCUCCCCCCAUGAAAGUGAGGGGUCCACAGGGAACUCGCACAGUUCAAUUCAGAUGAACUCGUACUCAGACAGUGGUUACCAGGAUGCGACCACCGUCUACCACAGCAACCAGAAUGUGGUCAAAUCUGAGCUGAGGAUGCAGCACUCCUUCCCUGGCGCGAGUACAAGCACAAGCACCCCUGUGAAGACCGCCAGGGCGGAGGGGCAGGCCUCUGCACAGGUCCCAUCCGUGGGUGGAGCGGUACCGGGACGAGCGAUGCGGAGAGUUAGCUCAGUGCCUUCUCGCUCUCAGUCCCCGUCCCACGUCAGCAGCUUGUCACCCCCCCGUGGCUCCCUGCGCACCUCUGCCGGCAGCACCUACGGUUCGCCCAUUGUUACGGAACCCAAACCCCUCUCCUGCAUCUUCUCCACCACUUUACCUUCCUCCGCCAACCGCAGUGGAACCGGAGGCUCGCCUCUCUCAACUCAGAAAAACUCCCCUGCCGCACUACGACGGGUGGGUUCCGCCAACUCCAGACAGGGCAGCACGAGUCGGACAACCUCACCCUACCAGGGUUCGUCAUCGGGCCGCGUGGGCUCGCCUCUGACCCUGACGGACGGCUGUCAGAUGAGCAAGCAGCCCAGUCACUCGUCUCCGGUUCGAGCGAGCAUGGUGGCCGUACCCCAGCACUACAGCUCCACUCUGCCCCGCGGCGUAAUCCAAAACGCUGACCCUUACAGGCCGCAGGGGUACGACGUUUACGAGCGGAGGACGCGGCCUAACAGUCUCGCAGACGCUCUAGUGGAUAAUGUUCAAGGCAUGCGGAACACAUACGCCAGUCAGCACAACCAGUUGGCCCAUGACUUGAGGGCUACCAUAUCUCCAGAGCGCCGUAUUGCGCCCAUCUUUGAGGACCGCAUGUAUCAAGCCCCGUUGUACCACACGCAACAAGGAACCAUCUGCAGGAGCAGUUCAGGUGUGGGGAGUCUCCAGCGGACGUCAAGUCAACGCAGUGCCAUGACCUACCAAAGAACCAACUUGGCUCUUAACUCAGCCGCCACCUACGCGGAUCCGUAUCGCUCGGCGCAGUAUCGGCCGUGCGAUUCCAACUACAGUCGACAGGUUGGCAUCAUGGAUGAUCCCACCCGCUCACCCUCAAUAGACAGCAUCCAGAAGGACCCCAGAGAGUUUGCUUGGCGCGACCCAGAGCUGACAGAAGUGAUUCACAUGCUGCAGCACCACUUCCCAUCCGUGCAGGCCAACGCAGCAGCUUAUUUGCAGCACCUCUGCUUUGGCGAUAACCGAAUUAAGGCUGAGGUGUGUCGGCUCGGCGGCGUCAAACACCUUGUUGACUUGCUAGACCACAAAGUGCUAGAGGUCCAGAGGAACUCCUGUGGAGCUCUGAGGAACCUGGUGUAUGGAAAAGUCAUGGAUGAAAACAAAAUCGCUCUGAGGAACGCGGGUGGCAUACCGGCUCUGCUCCGACUGCUGAGGAAAAGCGUUGACGCAGAGGUGCGAGAACUCGUCACAGGGGUGCUGUGGAACCUGUCGUCGUGCGACGCCGUCAAGAUGACAAUCAUCCGCGACGCCUUAACCACCCUGACCAACACUGUGAUCAUCCCCCACUCGGGAUGGAGCAGCUCCACCUUCGAAGAGGACCACAAACUUAAAUUUCACUCGUCGCUGGUGCUGAGAAACACGACAGGCUGCUUGAGGAACCUGAGCUCAGCUGGCGAGGAGGCCCGAAAACAGAUGCGCACCUGUGAGGGUUUGGUUGACUCACUGCUCUACGUCAUCAAAGCCUGUGUCAACACUUCAGAUUUUGACAGCAAGAUAGUGGAAAACUGCAUUUGCACGUUAAGGAACCUGUCCUACCGUCUGGAGCUGGAGCUGCCUCCGUCACGCUUGAUCGGAGUGCAAGAGGUCGACGCCAUUCUGGGAAGCGAAUCGCCAAGCAAAGACGUCAGCUCCAGUUGCUGGGGGAGGAAAAAGAAGAAGAAAAAGAACUCGCAGGAAGACACUUGGGAUGGUGUGGGACCCAUCCCAGGUUUCUCCAAGCCACCCACAGGUGCUGAAAUGCUGUGGCACCCCGCGGUAGUGAAGCCUUACUUGACGUUACUUGCCGAGAGCUCCAAUCCUUCCACUCUGGAGGGCGCUGCCGGGUCACUUCAGAAUCUGUCCGCCGGCAACUGGAAGUUUGCAGCAUACAUCCGUGCCGCAGUACGUAAAGAGAAAGGACUUCCCAUCCUUGUAGAGCUGUUGCGGAUGGAUAACGACCGGGUGGUGUGUUCGGUGGCCACCGCACUGAGAAACAUGGCGCUGGACGUCCGGAACAAAGAGCUCAUUGGGAAGUACGCCAUGAGAGACCUGGUCAACCGCCUCCCCGGGGGAAAUACCACCUUGCUGUCGGACGAGACGGUGGCGGCCAUCUGUUGCACCCUGCACGAGGUCACAAGCAGGAACAUGGAGAACGCCAAAGCGCUGGCAGACACGGGCGGCAUCGAGAAGCUAGUCAACAUCACCAAGGGCAGAGGAGACAGGUUUUCUCUGAAAGUGGUCAAAGCGUCCGCCCAGGUGCUAAACACAUUGUGGCAGUACAGAGAUUUACGUGCCAUCUAUAAGAAAGAUGGAUGGACCCAAAACCAUUUCCUCACUCCUGUAUCCACACUCGAGCGGGACAGGUUCAAGUCGCAGCCCACCCUCCCCACCAACAGUAAUCAGAUGUCCCCCCUUAACCACCCUGCCGCCAGCGCCAUGUCGUCUCCCGCCGUUCGUGAUCACACCCUGAGAGAUUAUCAGAGAGCACAGUCAACUAUGCAGUUUUAUAACUACCAAGUGGACAACAGUAUUCACAAAAUUCAGUAUACAGGGUCUGGAAAGCCAUCGCCGUAUUACUACCCGUCACCCACACGGGAGGAGCCCAGAAGAACACAGCCUCUGUACUACGCUGACGAGGUCGGGAGAAGGACUUACGACCCGUACAGGAUGUACUUGCAGCAUCCGCACGGCUACGACGACGCCUACGCGGACGAGGUCCUGGCUUAUGUGCCCGCCAUGGACUACGGCGGGCAGACUCACACGCUAAAGGCCACCAACAACUACGUGGACAUUUACGCCAGCACGCGCAGGCCCUCUUACCGGGCCGAGCAGUACCCGGGAUCCCCCGACUCGUGGGUCUGA